CAAAAUGGCGUCCUACGCAUUUAUCAUUAUUAUGGACAUAAUUAAUAGAAUAUUUAUGAAUUUUAUCAUUUAAGAGAAAUUACAUUUAGAUCUAGACCUUUAUUCUAGGUUUGGAAAAUAUAGAGUCUAGACUCAGACCUAGAAUCUAGACUUAAUUAUCGAUAACUGAAAAGGCUGAAAAUGUCCAACUUGGCAACAUCCCCACCAAAAGAUGAUGAUACUAAUAUGACAGAGCCAGAAUUUUCUGACAAUCCUGAUUGUUCUGGUGAUGGGAAAACCUGUGGGGAAUGUGGGAAAAUUUUCUCACAUCCUUUUUAUUUCAGCACUCACAUCAGCAUCCAUGCCAGUGAGAAGGGUUAUUCUUUGGUUGGACAGUGUGUCCAUUGUGGGCUGACCUUUUCUGAUGUCCAGAUCUUUGAGCAACACCUUGUUUCAUCCCAGGCUAAAUUGAAGGAGCAGAAUCAAGAAGAGGAAGAAGUGGCUUCCACGGACAGAUGUAUGUCGAUAGAGUAUAAUGACGAUGAGCAGUUCAAUGAAGAAGAAGAUGUCAAACCUGUGCUACAAGUUGUUGACCCUGAGCCAGAGAUAAAUAACAAGCCUCUGGUUGUGAAACAGGAACUGCUAGAUAUCUCAUAUGAGCCCAAAACAAAGAGACGGCGCCAGAGUGUACAAAGAUUUGAACCCGAACCAAUAAAUCCUUCCCACCAAGACAAUGAUCCAGCUGUGGAGGCAUACCUCAUGAGUCUCACCCAGAUGGGUCUCACUGUUGACCCCGCAGCAUUUGGGCACCCACCUAGCAGAAAUCGCGGCAGGAGGGCAUCAUUGGCCAGGGGUCGAGGAAGAGGGAGCAAGAUGCUGAUUGACAGGGGCACCCUAAACAUACCAGAAGAAAUGAUUGUGCCCAAGAAAGCGAGUCCUAAAUAUGAGUACUUAGACUUAGACUACGACACUCUGUUGGAGGAAGAGCAGGAAGUGUUACCAAAGAGUGGAAAGCAGACCAGGGGAGAACGUCUCCAGCAGAGACUGCAAAGGUUGAACCAACAAAGAGAGGCUGAAUCUAAAUCUAAAACCGAAAGUAAAGAAUCCAAAUCUACAACCGAGAGUAAAGAAUCCAAAUCUACAACCGAGAGUAAAGAAUCCAAAUCUACAACCGAGAGUAAAGAAUCCAAAUCCACAACCGAGAGUAAAGAAUCCAAACCCUUAGUUGAGAAUGAAGAAUCUAAACCUACUAAAGACAUUAAGGAGUCUGAACCUAGAGCUGAGAGUAAAGUUGAACCUAAAACUGAACUUGAGAAUGAAUCUAAAACUGACUCGAAGGAUGAAGCAAAAACUGAACAUGAAGACAAACCUAAGUGCAUUGAUGAAGUCCUUCCAAAAGAAGAAUCUAAAGCCCAGCCAAAUGUUGAAUCAAGAGAUAAAGCCAGCCCUGGUUCAUCUUCAUCAACGCCUGACACCAGUGUAAGAAAAAAAGUAAGCAAACCAGGCAGUAGUAAUACAUCACCAUUUGCUGGACUGGGGUUUGAUAAGAGUUUGCCCUUGAAUAAAAUCAUGAUGAAAUCUGAACUGGAAGACAGAGACUACUCUCCUUACAGCCGUUCUCACGGCAAGACAAAGGCCAGGGGCUCAAGAGGUUUCAGAGGCCACACUCGAGGCUCAGCGUCGCUUUCAAUCAGAUCUUCAACACCAGCACCUCCGCCUGUUCCCCCUGUUCCUGUUAUUCCUGGUCUAGGUGGUUAUGCCAGAUUUAACCCAAACUAUUGUCCUCCAAUAGCUCCAAGUGCCAACAGGCCAACUCCUAAUGUCAAAACGAAUAAGCAAGGAGCUAUUGCUAACCAACUGAAAAUAAAAACACCUUUCCCCCCUGCUAGGAUCCAAAAUCGUGUGGAAAUAGUAUCCCAAGCUAUGCGGAUAGUACCUAAUAAAGGCACUGACUUAGUGCCGAGGUAUUCUAGGGUAACAGCUCCUAAAAGAAUCGAUCACAAGGUAACCCCUUCUAGCAGUAUGGAGUGCUCAAAACAAGAUUCCAGGGAUUAUGUUGAAAUCAUGCUGCAGACCCUCACUGAUGAGCUGAUCCCAAAUAAAAUGAACAAAAAUUUCUCAAACUCCACAACAUUUUUUGGGAAGACUGAGAAUUAUCUUACUGGGUCAUCUCAUGCUAAGCCAGCCUUUCCUGGUCCAAGCAGAACCAGUAGAAUGGUGGCUCCUGGAAGAGGUGGCAUGUUCUUAGAUUCUUUAAACUUCAGUGGACAAAUGCGGCAUGUUUCAAAACCAGGGCUGCCACCACAAGGAGUUUUAAACAACGGUGGCCGGUACCCUGGCCCAUCUAACAUUAGGGCUCCUAGAGCCAGGGAACGAGGCGGUGUUGUUGCUAGUCUUCCAAGGGGAAGAGGGGGGACUAUAGCCCAGAACACUGCCUACCCUGUAAAAAUGGGGAGAGGUGUAGGCAAAGGAUCAACUGUUCCUGCCAAGACACUUGCCCCGAGAGUUGCUGCUAAACCUGUGCCAACCACUGAUGAAGUUAUAGUCCUGGAUGAUGACGAUGAUGUUGUUAUAAUGUUUGAGGAUGAACCUGGGUCAGGCCGUAAUGCUCCUUCUCAACCUGAGAAGAGAUCCACAGUCAUUAUAGACGUAGACAAAGAGGACACAUCAGAAUCAAGCAUACAAAUCAUCAAGGAAAUCGACCCAAAACUCAACAAUAAACAGUCGCCCUUGGGCCAAGACGACAAACUCAGCUUGACUGCUUCUGUAUGUCUGACGAGAAUCAAUUCUGUUGAUUCUCUCAGUGAUCCAGCCAUUGUAAGCAGCAAGUUAGAGGUAGAAGACAUUGAGGGAUGGAAAGUUUGCCUUGCAGAAAAUUCUGAUUCAGAUUCUGAUGCAGAUGAAUCCAAUAGGAAAGAGAAAUCUCCAGAAGAGAAUCAUACCAAUUCAAAUUCAGAUAUUGGAUGCCAGGGUGAAGCUGAGAAAGACGAGCUUUCCUCCAAAAAUGUUAAAACUUGCAGCGUGAGUGAAAAUGUUCAAAACUUGGAUCACGACAACUCUGAAACAAAAAAUGAAAAGCUCGAGAAAGAACUGGCAAAUAACAAGACCCAAGAAAGUGACUUGAAAAGUUCUAAAGAUUCUAUCUCUUGCAGUUCACAAUCUUCAUCUAGUGUAGUUCCAUUGACCUUUCCUGCAUUUGUCAAGGAUACGGACAACCUACUUGAUAUCUUCUCAGAAAUUGAGAAAACUUGCAAAGAAAUAGAGGAGAACUCUGGGAAUGACAGCGGCACUGAAUCAGAGAAAACAGACUACUCUUCAGCCUUGAAAGCAAAGACUGGUCCAAAAGAUAACCUUGUGGCUUCAGAGACAAAUGGUAACAGUGAAACGGAGACUGGAAUUGAUACCAUUAUGAAACAAACACAAGACAAGUCUUUAUCAGUCUCAGACAGUUCAGAGCAUAAUGUUGAUUAUGGCACAGAUGACAAGAUGCUUGGUCAAGACAACAUGGAGGUGACAGGCUCUGAUGAUACACCCUUAGCUAAAAACUGUGCUGAACAAGAGAACGCAAGCACAGACAGACAGGUUCAGCGUCAAGAGAUUGAGACAUUCUGUGGGACCAGUAACACACAUGACACUCAUUCAGAGGCAGGUAGUAAUUGUGAAAUUAGUCGUAUCCCCAAGGAUGUGGAUAUGAAUAGUCUGGUCACCAACAGUGUAAGAGAUGAUAGUAAAGACAUCUGUUCAGAAGCCUCUUCUGAGACUGAAGCUAAUUCUUGUUUGGAUGGGGGCAAUUUAAAUACAAAAAUGUUGAGCGAGAUUGCGAGAGACGAAUCUCAAGUGAGAAACCUUGAGAAUGAGAAUGUCACAUCAAACCAUGAUAGAACUCAGGAAUUGUCUUCUUUCAGCUCCUUUGGUCAUGCUACCACCAGCAUUGUGUCUCUAAGUCAGAAGGGAGAGGACAGCCAGGUACAUAAAAUAACUUUGGAGUCAUUCAGUCCUCUUUUGGACAGUGACCUGGCAGCUGAAGUGAGCAAAUCUUUACAAUCUCCAGUCUCGUUGGAAUCUGAGCCUAACUCUCUGGAUGACCAAAAUAAAUCUAAGAAAACUUUGAUGAACAAAUCUUUCGCCUUGUUACCUCAUGAAGUAGAAAUAGGAGAAGAGACUAAUCAAAUUCAGCUACAAAAUGAAAACACAGAAUCUGUUAUGGACUGUAGUGUGACAAAUGACAAUGUCAUGACUUCUGGUGUGACAAAUGAAAACUCUGUCAUAAACUCAAAGAACAACAUUCCAUCUGAUUGUCUAGGGCAAAGAACUCGAGGUAGUGAAACCUGUUCAGAAAUCUGUGCAUCUACAAGCGAUGCUAAUUGCACUGAGUUAUAUCAACAUGAACAUAUCCACAAUGCAGUUACUCCAGCUGGUGACAAUGAAAGUUCCGAUGUGGACCAGUCAGAGCUAGGCCCUUCUGCAGCUACAAAUGUAGAGGGUAGUGGAGCCGUGGGAAGUAGCUCAUUCAAGAAGAGAUCUCCUGGGCGAAACUCCUGCAGAGACAUAGACUUACCUGCUUCUCACUUGGAGGAUGAUGCAGACAGAGAUGGUGAUGAUAGCUAUGGCAGUGGAGGAAGAAAUAACCCCAGUGGACCUCACACCAAUGGGUUGGUUUGCACUGGGCACCAAGAAAGUGCCACAACCAAUAGUGGUAGCAGCAAUAGCCAGAAUGAUAGUCCGACAGACUGUGAACCCUUGCACACCUCCACCACAUGUUCCUUUAAGAGCUCAUUGGCUUUAAAGAAUAACAUUACACAUUUGGAUAGGCUUUGGGAAAAACAUGGUUUCAGAACUUUCUGCCCAUCAUCAGUAAAUCGAACAUCCAGUAAAAGAAAAGUGAUCUCAUUGUUAAAGAAAAACAUCAUUAAACAAAGACACUAUUGUCAGUAUCAUUCAGAAGUGUCGAGAAUGUUGACCAAGUUUUCUAAACAAAAGCAUCAAAUAUGCAAGAGUGUGUUUCCAGAGAUUGUUUUACUAAGACCAGAAUCAAAAUGGUUACAUUUCUCACAGUCUCAUAUAAUCAGAAAUACUAAAUCCCUAAAAGCUCCAGCUAGCUGCAGACAUGGGAUUGAUAAUUAUGCACAUAGGAUAGAGGUGAGAAAAAGGCUUUAUGAAAGACCUUACUGCAGUGCUAAACAUAAACUCUCCUUGCCUCAAGUCCUCUAUCCUGGUCACUGCCAUGCAUGGACAUGUUUCACUAAGCCUUUCAUCCAUGAAAAUGUGUUCUUUCAGAGAUGUAACAUUUUAGAACUAAGAAAUAUAUUGAGCACUGUGAAGAAGUCAAAUAGGAAACUGAAUGUUGGGUCUGUGAAGAAACCUUGUAGAAAAUGGAGAGAAAAACUUGUUCCAAUCAGACAGAAAUUUUUGUAUAGAUUGAACAAAUCUCAAUCAGACAUGAAACAUUCAUUUUUAUCAUCACCAUUAAAAGACAAAGGAAGUUGUGUCUGUAUGAGAACCCGUGGGAAGUAUGAACACGGCAGCAACCACAGACCCACCAGUCAGGGUCACCACCGCACCUCUUGCAGGAGCACCAACAGGCGGGAGGUUGUCAGAGGCAAUGGUAGCACUGGUCAUAAAAGAAAGGGCAGUGAUGAGGAGGAUGAUGGCAAUGAGGAGGGAAAGAAGGGACGCUACCCCUGUGUUCAGGAGGACAAUAUUUUAAAGUGCUCCAUUUGUAAUGUUAAAUUUAAACUCUUAAAGGAGUUGCUGAGACAUUUUUUGACAGAACAUCCUGGCUGCUGUGACAAGAAAAACCGAGUUAUAAUUUCUUCUGCAAAGAAGAGAAUUAGCUCAUCGUGUAACCAUCCCAACCGCGUGUCAAAACAAAACUCUCAGGAGGAGGAGCCUGACCCUUUGGCUAGCCACGUGUAUGAAAAUGUCACAGUGGGUAAAACUCAGUUAGUUUAUGUCAUGCCCACCAAACCAGUUGUCCACUACACCAGCAAAGUCAAGAAAACGAAUCUUGACGUAAGCACUACACCUCCUGUUUCUAUUAGCCAGUCCUAUGAAGCAUCGGGAGCGAAGCAAUUGGUGGAUAAAAAGACAGACGAUGAAGGAAACAUUUAUGUUUCAUACACUCCAAAAUCUGAUGACAAAGUUCAUAAUGAUACUGUUGCUUCUGUCUCUGAUUUUGGUUCUUAUAAUGUUACUCCUAAUGAUACUUCUGUCACAGAUAUUUAUGUUAAAAACCCAGCUGACCAAAGUGAUCAAGUGGAACCUUUAUUUCCAGGUUACGUCAGUCGCAACAAAACCUUCAGUGACCAUUCCUUAUCCGGGCAUAACUCAAUGGGCAAGGGUUUGGAUACAGAUCAUGAUACGUUAUCAUGUGACAUUGUUGUCAAGGAGGAACCAGGUGAUGAUGUAUUACCAUGUGACAUUACAAUCAAAGAGGAACCAGCUGAUGAUGUGAUGUCACGUGACAAAGUUGUUAAACACGAACUGCAGGGUGACAGCGAUGAAGAGUCGUUACCGAUAACCUUUGGUGAAACUUGUUUCGUACAGGAAGAGGACUUCAAGAAAAUGGUCCCCCUUAUAUCAGGAUCUUCACAAAGUGAUAGAUUUAUUCUUCCCACCUUAGACAAUGACGCUAAAAAGGUCCAUCUCAUCUAUAGAAAUGAAUCUACUUUUUCUCAAAACGUUAGAGUUAAAUGUGGUCGACCUAAAAAAACUUCUCAAGCUCCACCACAAUCUGAGCUCAUUAUGGUCUAUCCAAGUAAACCUGUUGUCAACUUCGGGAGAAAGUCGAUCUAUGUUGAUAUGUCAGACAUUGAAUUGAAAAACGCUAGACAAGAAGCUGUUUCAGACUUAGUGACUGUAGCUAAAGGAAAAGGUGUUGAUCCAGACAUUGAGGAUCUACCCACAGAAAAAAAAUCUCUACUGCCUGAGAGACAACACACAAUGAGCCUAACUGCAAAAACCUCUGGAGCCCAACAGGCACCAAAUAAAGCUCAUGCCGAACCAUCACUUUGCAUAGAUACCUCAUUUUCUCUCAAGCAGAGUAAUCUGACUACGUCACUGUCUCACAACGGACUGCAGAAAAGUCCGAAAGUGAUCUACGUCCACCCCAAGAAACCUGUGGUCAAUUUUGCUGGCCGGCAGCCCAAAUCAGACUCGUCAAGGUGGACAGAGGGUUAAAUGGUUUAUUUCUAAAGAUGUGUAUAUACUGUACAGUGUAUAGCUGUAUGUGUGAGUGGUUGCGUUUCUGAUGGCCUGCAACGCUACAGCUUAGCCUUAAUUCCUAUGGACCAUUUCAUUUCAAUCAUAUAACAGAUACUUUGUGUUGCACCGGGUCUGAGUAUAAGCUGUCUGCUCCUGUCAUAGUUUUUCUAGUUCUUGCUUUGAGAAUACAAAACUUUGUAUAACCAUGUUCUCAGACUGUUUAAAGUAUGCUAUAUACCAGACAUUUGUGAAGUUGGAUAACCUUGAUGAAAGGAGCUUGAAGGUCUUGCUUCAACCAAAACUGAAAAUGUUGUUCUGUUCAGUGUUAACUCUUUUUUUUUUUUUUUUUUUGGUUGGCUAAAUCUACUCAUUUGUAAUCCUUGAAGUACAUUUUAUGAAAUGCUACACCAUUUGGCAAAAGUUGGUUACUAGCCCCAGUAAGCAGUACAUUAGGGCGCUUUUCUUUUUUUCUAAUUGAAAGUACACUGUACUUUGAUCCUGACAAUCCUGAAAUUCAAAAUCCCAGUCUUCCCCUGGAUUUGAACCUGAGACCUCUCUAUCUAGAAGCCAAGCCCUUUAUUGCUUAUCCACCACUCCCCAUUUGAGAAGUAUUUGUGUCAAAUAAUAGAGUAAAUAAAAUGCUGAUGACAUAAGAAGACAAAAUGUGAUGAGGGUCUGAUCUAAUCUGUGUGAAGUAUUCCUAUUUAUAUAAUAAUAUCUUUAAAAGGGAAAAGAAAAGUCAAGCUAGUAUUGAUAUUUUUGAUUCAUUUCAACUGAUGAUAACCUUUGUUUGACUCUGUUUCUCCUACUAUGGUAUCUUACAUAGAAUGGGCCACUUUUUUUUUACAUAGAAUGGGCCACUUUUUUUUGGCUCCUUUGAUGCAAUUAUUUAUGAUCAUAUAUUAAUCUUUGGUCCACACUAUCAAUGCUAAGAUUAUUGUAUUAUUUCAUGUGUGGAAUAUUUCAUAUGAUAACAACUUUUUGGUGCAUGUAUCUGUCCCUUAACUUUCAAUGUUGGGUGCUGUGACAGUAACCAAGUCCCUCUACUUUUCCCGGUCAGCAGCUGUUCUUAGCAGGACAUCAAGAGAUAGGCUGGUCCAUUCUUGUAUUCUGUCCAGCCAGUUUUUCUUUUGACCACCCUUUUUUUUUUGUUCCCCCUCCACUGUAGAAGAAUGACUUUUGAUAGUGUCAUGUCUUGCAAUAUGACUGAACCAGCUCAGCUUUCAUCUCUUUUCUGUAUUGAGGAGUUCCUCCUUUUGCCAGCCAGUAAAAGUACAUAGCAUUUUUCUGUAUCUAUAAUCAUUUCAUAUUGUUCAAUUAAUUACAGACAUUUAAUGUAAAGUAAUAGGCCUUCAUCAUUAAAUCAUAUCUCUCUUUUUUUUUUAAUUCACAGCCUUUUCUUCCAAUCUAAUCCAACUUUUGUGGUUUUAAAAACAUAUACAUAUUAUCUUUACUUACUUUACUUACUUUCUAAAUAUAACUUUGACAAUUAUAUGUCCUUGCUUUAAAUAGUUUAUAUCUUAAUUGCUUUAAUUUGUAUUUAAUAAUUAAUUUUUUAUUAAAUAUAUUUUACCAUAAAGUAAUUAAAUCAUGCUUUUGGGUUCUAGCUUAUAAGAGGUUACUGUGGCUGACCCAUCGACACCUGCUUUUAUUUUCCUCGAUACCCCUUUUUUGAAAUUGAGUAUGCUCUCAGAGAAUUCAGUACAGGCGUACUAUUCUUAAUAAAAAUCCUGACGUCUUUAACCUCUAGGAUUAGCAAGCACAUCUCUAACAACUGAACCAUAUUUAUAUGUUCUAUGGUAUGGGAAAGUUCUUUGUUUGUUUACAAGAUUUAGUUUUGAAUUGUGGGUGUGACAUCUGGAUUUUGUGGUUCAUGGACUACUGCAAUUGUUUAUUGUUAGGCUGAUCAUACCACGUAGAGACUGCCAUAAUAAUUAGAUUGAUCAUACCAAAUAAAGUUAAAUAUGCUGACCAUUUUUGUUAUUCGUCAUGCAAAAAUUGAUAUAUUGAUAUAUAUAUGGUAAUAAAUGAUUUAUCUGUACAUUUUAGAGUUAUGAUUAUAAACAUUCACUGAAAUAACUCAGUCUGUAAUCUUGGAACAUUUUGAUGUCUAUUUUAUUGUGUUCAAAUUGGCUUUAUUUCGUUUCUAACUAUAAUAACAGUAUUUGUUAUCAUAGAAUUGUUUUCUUUUGUGUAUUUGUAUGUUUUAGUAAUAAAUUCCUGUUGUUUCAUCA